AUUUCCCCACGUUUAACAUACACGUAUAAAAAGCCAUGGUACAGUAAAGAGGUCAGGAAUCAGAGCGAUGAGAGGCGUAACGUGCAUUUCUGUGAUAGCAAUCUGGAUCGGUUUGUGUACUGCCGACAUUUUGGACAACCUCCAAGUGUGCAAGCGGAGCAGCUCCAAUUUAAAUGAUUGCCUCAAAUCGGCGAUAGAGAGCGCGUUACCGGUGCUCAAAGAUGGUUUGCCAGAGUUCGGUUUCCCUUCACUGGAACCGAUCAAGAUGGACAAGUGGAAUAUAGAGCCGCAACCUCCGUUACACUUCACGAAAAGGUACGAAAAUAUUGAGAUGUACAACCACUGGGCCUCUCAAAUUAAGGAUGUCAGCUGUGCAAUUGGAGAAAAGGACUUUUCCCUCAAGAUUAAGGGGUACAACCCUAAGAUAAAACUCGAGUCCGAUUACGAGUUUGUCAACUCGUCAUUCGCGGGUAUCGACGUUAGCGGCAAAGGAAAAGCUACAUAUGACCAUAGUGGCUACGACUUUGACCUCACUAUGAGAGGCGAAAUUGUCCAAAAAGGCGGCGAUGACUAUCUCACACUGAGCAGUGCUAACCUAGUGAUGACCGCCGAGAAAUUUAGCAUUAACUUCAAAUCCGACAACGCUCAGAGAGACAAUCUGAUUAACACAUUCGGCGGACUCCAUGGAGUAAUAAUGUUUCCGUUAGUGAAGCACGAUUACGAAAUGAUGUAUGCCGAAGCUUACAGGAAGUUAGCUAAUAUAAUUCUUGACCAAGUUCCCUAUAACAACCUUUUCCCGAUGUGAAAGUGUACAGUUCUCAAAUAAAUUUCUUUGUUUCAAUGA